AUGUUAUUUAAUUCUGACAAAUUUAUUAAUUUAAAAGCACCAUUAUUGAAAUUGAUUAUAGAAAGGGAUGAUUUAAUUUUGGAAGAAAUUGAUGUUUGGAAUAGUUUAUUGAAAUGGGGUCUUGCACAAAAUCCUACUAUUUCGCAAGAUAGCACUAAAUGGAAUGAUGAAGAAAUUAAAAUUAUAGAAAGAACUCUUCAUGGAUUUAUUCCUUUGGUUCGAUUUUAUUAUAUGUCUCCAGAAGAUUUUCUUGAUAAGAUAUUUCCUUUAAAAGAAUUGCUGCCAAAGGAUUUACUUAAUAACCUCUUGACGUUUCAUAUUACACCAAGUAGGCGAGCAAACGUUAAUAUACCUCCUUCUAGACAACUUAAAGUAGAUUCUGCUAUUAUAAAGCCUAAAAAUAUUGCUAUAUUUGCAGGUUGGAUUGACAAAAGGGAAUAUACACAUUAUAUUCCUUAUAGUUUUAUAUUUUCAUUUACGGAUAGAAAUGACCUUCAAACUGCAAAAGUAGGUUAUAUUAAUCAUGGGCACUAUAGUAAUGCUAUAUAUUGCCAUCAAAGUAAUGGCCCAACUUUUGGUAAUG